UCUAUAUAUAACGACUUAGACAAGAAGCUCCAAACAAGUAGCUAUCAAUCCACUCCAAUUCAAUCCAUUUGUCUUGACGACUACUUUCGUGUUUUUUCCUCGAGCUUAUGCGCAUCUACAGUGCUCGCAGUGUAGAUUUCGUUUAAUUACAUCAGAAACUGGCGUGAUAAUGAACUACGUAGUACUGUGCGACACGUGCGAUAGUGCUUAAGUUGGCGAACUCUCUGAAAAUAAAACGCAAACAGAAAAGAACGCGAAAGAUGGAAGCGGACACUACGGGCUCUGCAUCGACUAUUUUGGAACCACCGGAAAGCCGUGAAGUGAGCAAGAGUACGUGCAAUCCAGGAACGACAGAAGAGUCUGCCACUGUUCAACCCACGCAGCAAAGUGAGCCUGUGCAGCCUCCGAGAGAUGCACUUGUAUCUACUGCAAUCCACUUCCUCGAGAAUCCCCGCGUGCAAGCUAGUCCGCUGUCUCAGAAACGAGCAUUCCUGCUCAAAAAAGGAUUGACGAAUGAAGAAAUCGACAGCGCCAUUGAGCGGUCCCGGGCUGCUCCGGUUGCCAACGUCAGCGGCGUUUCCGGCCCUUUUCCCCCUCCUCUCCCGCCUCCUGUCCCCAUGGGAAUGCUUCCACACGCCUUGCAACCACCAGAGCUGUCCAUGUGGACUUACAUGAGGCACGUCUCUUCUUCCGUGGUGCUCAUCGGAGUGGCCUGCUAUGGAGCCUAUUACCUCUACAAGAGAUUCCUCGAGCCAUACCUGAGGGGCGAGGAGCUGUCCAAGGAGCAGAACCGCCUGGUGCAAGUCCAGGAGCAGUUGGAUGCCCUGACGUCGGCCAUCGGCCAGUUGCGGGAGGCCGUUGCUUCGCUCGAGAGCUCCGUUGGCGAGGACAGGCGGAACCGUGGUCGUACCGAAACGCUGGAUGCAUCCAAACAAGACAGCACCUUGUCCGAUCUCAAGUCUGAGGUUCUCUCCGUGAAAGCGUUGCUGCUCAGCCGGAACCAGUUUCCGAGCACGCCAAAGGUAACCCCCCUCGCGGUCACCAUUCCUGCCUGGCAGCUCUCCGCCGGCGGCGACUCCAAAAAAGAAAACGGAACUGCUUCUGGAGACUCGGAGGAGGAGCAUGAAACCAACGAACAAAAAGAUGACAAAGUGACCAGCAAUGGACAGGUUGCUGCAAACGUUGCUGCGGCCCUGGUGUAAUCUUAUUGAGACACUUGUGGUCAAAGAUCAUGCCUGACAGUGGGAGUGCACAUAAUACGCAUGUGCAGUGGUUUGCAUUCUACAGUUGCAGCCAAGCAUGUAGCCAGGAUCUUGUUUCUUGAGGGAGGUGUGGGUGCAAAGUAAUUUAUUGGAGCAAAAGGGCUCUGUCCCCCAUGGUAAAUUUGAAAUUGUUUCCACCGCACACCUUCACGUUCAUUUUAGGAAGGGAAAACCGAAAGGAAAGCGAAGAGGAUGAUAAAGUUUUCUGUUGGACGAGUUUGAAGGGAUCAGAAAUGUUUCUGCGUUUGAGUUUUACGGCAGGCAGAAACUUGAUCUCUGCCAUGAAAUUGAAAGUUAAUUUUAUUUUCUUUUUUAAAUUGAUUUCAGAGUUUAUCAUGAUUUAUCUGUGACCUCUAAAAGUGACAGUUCAAGUUCCAUAACAUGGCAGCUGGAUGCAGUUCACAGAUUAACACGAGCAAUGCAUCAGCAGUUAUUAGGGUUCGUGUUUCUGUUAGGACAUUCAUUGUAGUGAUAUCGCCAAUUAAAGUAGCGUCCAAACUACAGUGUGUACUCUGAGCAUUGUCAACCUAUCUGCAUUUGCGGGAUGAUAUUGGCAGCAUGAACUUGGUGGCAGAACAUGUGCCUGUUUGUUCUGGUGACGAGUUGGAUGCGCUGUUCUAUUUCUCCGGUGCGUGUCGUAUGUAUGAUGAAUAUCAGGCCCGAUGAGCAUUAAGCAAAAGUCAGAAAGUCGUUUUAUGCGGUAGCAGCCAGUUCGUCGAACGUCGCCUUAUCGACAGCUCGUCUUGUUGACAGUUUAUUUCAUCGAAAGGUUCCCGCGUUUGUUUCAUCGACGCAGCUUGCAACGUUUCGUCGAAAUCGUCUUCCCGCCCACAUCGCUUCGGUUGCCGGAAUCCGAAUAGUAGCCUAGCUUGCCGAACCUUGGGCGUUUCCGAUAAGGCCUGGUGCAAGCUCAAGCCUAAGAUUAUAUUAAAGUUUCCCCAGGCAAAGUGAGGGGUGCUCAUGCGUAGCGCAGGCUGUUUUGAGGUUUAGGAUUAGGGCUCGAGAAUUUGUUUUUUCUCUACCGGAGCCGCUUGGGUCGGUCUGCUUCUAGUGACUAGAAUUAAAACAGUAAUCCCAAUUCAAUCCAUUUAGUAAAAGAUAUUUGUUGUCGAUGAAACGUUGCAGAAGCACAAGUUCACGAAGCAUUGCGGUGUACACGAAAUGCGUGUCUAUGAAAGGUUGUCUUGCCAUGAAACAUGUUUCCAAUGAAACAUGUUUCGACAUGUUUCAUGUCGAACUUCCGAUCGGAGCCUGUUAAUUUAAAGGAAGGAAAGCGCCGGGCAAUGGACCUCUGUAACAACAUGACACUGACCCAACUGGCUGGCUCCAUCAAAAAAGCAGAAGGGUUACAUCUUCAUGUGUUCCUCAGUGCCAAAACUCAUAAGGACGCUUGCCCGUUUCGCGCCAUCGUUACUGAGCGAGGGACCUGGCAGCGCCAUGUGGCGGCGUACCUUCAAAGGCACCUGUCUGGUUUGAACCUCACCGAUCCUUUUCUUGUCCGCAACUCUGAGGCGGUGGUUGAAUCGUUGAUUUCUGAGAGGUACAGCAAUCAUGGUGUUUUCAGUGUGGAUGUUGAAGACCUUUAAGGCCUGUUCAUACAUACGGUGCAGCACUGUAGACAAAACGCUGACUUUGCACGAUGUUAGUGCUGCAACAGUAUUCCAAAGCAUGUAACCCAGCUAUUUUUUUUUAUGCAUACAAUGCAGUGCUAACUCAGUGCUUAGCCAAUGCUAACUCUGUGCUGAAUCAGACUGACAUUAGCACUGAUGCAGUGCGGACUUAGCGUUAUCUCAGCUCUGAGAUGCAUCUGUGAACUGGCCUUCGGUAGGAUGAAUGAAUGGUUGCAGAUGGCUGAACCCUUUAAAUCGGAUGGCAGCUUGCUCCACCUAGCCAGCGCUGUUAAUAGUUUUCUUUUUGUGCACAAGGCAUGUUUUGUGGUUGGGAAAAGCGUUUUCUCACACAGCACGAAACGUGGGAGAGGCAGCUCUAUUUCCCGGUUACGUGCCUGGUUGCAGCUACAGAAGCAUAAGUGGUGAUGGGUGAGCCUGUUGUUGGGACCUGCUCAUAAAUAAACUUUGCAAGUUACUGUGAA